AUGAUUUGGCUAGUACCUACCAUACAUGGGGUACUUCUAUGUGAGCCGCCAAAAGCCCCCCUUAUUAAUCGACUUGGAAAAGGCCUAACAAUAUGCAGGGAGCAGCUUUUUUACCUCCUCGAAAUUUAUAAGUUACUGCGAGGACAGAAUACGGCGGAUGAUGUAACAAAAUUCCAUUACCGUGAGAGGAUUCGAAAGGUAAUUUUUGGAUACCUCGUUUGGGUACUACGACAUGCCGAACUAAACGGCUUUCCUGAUUCGGUUGUUUUACACUGGUCCGGGAAAGUGGGUAAGUCCGGGGAGCUCGUAGGGGAGGCAAAUAGUGAAGAAAAGAAAGAUAUCCCCCACGCACCCAUGGAGAAAUCCUCUUUGUCUGAGGUCGCGGAGCCCGCGGAACCAGUCGGGACUCCUGGAGCGAAGAUAGAUAGAACGGGCUCAUUAUUAUCUAUAGAGGCCCAAGGAUCCAUCGGCGAUCUUAAGAAAGCAAGCACGCCACACCCCGGAAAGACCGAAGAGUCCACUGACCCUCCCCCUGUGAGGCCCAUUGAGCCAGAUAUAUAUAAGUACUGGGAUAAUUUCCCGAAUUGUUGCAGAUUCCUUGAUUUGUUGGAUAUGUGCUUGACCAACUAUCCCGAUGAAAAGCCUCUGAUCACUCGAAUAGUGAAAUCUCUUCUAAAGACAGUUUGGGAGCCAAUCGAGAUGAGCAAGCACCGAGGGUGUGACCUAUGGCCAGAUCGACUCGAGUACCCUAGGGAAUACCCGCCGCCGUAUGCCCGAUUCUGGAAUUGGCAAACUAACGAGCGUUGUGGCUAUGGUGGACAGGGUGCCUAUGUCUAUUCUAUCACAACGCAAGUGCUUGUCUGGCGGGCCGUUAGGUCUACGAAUAGGCUACUUGGUUUGGUGUCCGGCGACCGAGACUGGACUGAAUGGAUGGUUCACCAAAGUUUAGACGACAAAGCAAUUAGUGAUCGGACAAUAGAGGCUUUCCGCCGCCUUGGCACUGACACGAGUCAUGAUUGUUUCCCCGAUCGUUUUUUCUCAAUAAUUGAAGGACAUAUUAAAGAAUCCCUCCCGGACCAAUGGAGUUGCGAUAUCGGUAUUCCAUCAUUUGUGGAGGAUUUCUUCUUCGACGACAGGAAUCAGCCGAUCUCUGCUUGGACUGAGACACUCAGAUACUACGAUACAUUCAACCACACCAUCAAGACACAGACACCAGGCGCCUGGGAAUAUUUUACGCGCUACCGGCUUACGAUUGACGGAGAUCGUCGUCAGGAGUUGCAGGAGAGUUUGGAGGCAAAAGCUUAUUCAGUUGGGGUUUUUGCUAGUAGCACGGUUACCCCUAGUUCCCAUUGUCCUUCCAGCAUAGGUUGGGAAAUGGCUACAUAUGUCCUUAGCGUGGAUUACGCUAAAUUCCUGUAUCCCCAGUUCAGGGUUCCAAUGUAA